CCGAUCGGUAGUACUUGCAGGGCUUUUGAUAGCGAGAAAAGUCCUUGUAACCGAAUCGAAACGGCUCGCCGCGGCCGUCAUGGAAGACUUGAAUGGCCCAGCAGUAGGGGACGACGACGAGGAUUUGCAGCCAAAACCCGAGCCAGCCAACAACAGCCCCACGCGACGAGGAGGGUGCCAAAUUGCCAUCGGACGCGCGUGGCCCAACGGUCCAGCCAUCGACGUGGACCAUUACGAGUUCACCGCUGCCGAUUACGUUCGUCGGAAGGGCGUGGUGGCGGCGCUUCGGGAGCGUAUGCGUGUCAACAGUUUGCCAGGGUGUGAGCACUUUCCAACGAGAAAGCGAACGCUGCGGACCGCGGCGGAGAAGUACACACGAUGCAACUUGUACUUUUUGCCGUUCGUCAAGACCACCCUCCCCGACGCGGUGUGGGACGGCGACCUCGUCAAUGUCGCGAGGUUACUCGUGCUGCGUAUUCCCCCCGACUCCCGUGACAAGGACGGCCGACUUGCGCUGUCUAUUGCGAUCCAGCUCAAGCACAGUGCAAUCGCCAAGUUUUUGAUCGACAAACACGCGAAACCUGACUUGCAAGACCAAGGGACAUUGCAUGGCGCCCUGCACAUGUGUAUCAUAAUGGGCAACAAGGCAAUGACACGGCGACUCGUGGAAAGUGGAGCCAACGUCGAAUUGAGGGAUGCACAAGGAAUGACCCCGUUGAUCUGGGCCACCGUGCGUGGGUUCCUCGAAGUGGUCGGUUUGCUGCUGCAUCACGGCGCCGACGUCAAUGGAAAGGAUAACGAAGGCAUGACAGCAUUACAUGUGGCGUGCUUCAAAGGCUAUACAGACCUCGUCGACUUCUUACUGCACACGGGCCAUGCAGAUUUGGAGGCGGAAGACAUCAAUGGGUUCACACCAGGGCUGUACGCCAGGAUAGAAGACCAAGGCGAAGUGCUGGAUCGCAUCGACGAGUUUGUCGCUGGUCUCAAGAAAGACGACGAGAGGCGGCAUCGGCGCAUCAAACGUCGGGCCGAGCGACUGGCUCGCUUGGCUAAGGAGGCUGAUGAAGUGGAAGUCAACUCCCACUCGCUAAUUUAGGUCAUUCGGUGACAUCAUGACAUCAUGCUUCGGUCACCAUGAUACCGGUACUCACUGGCUUUCACCGCCAACAGCGUCG